GCUCGCUAUACUGCCUACAUAAAGUUCGGGUCUGGCGGGCGUCCCGCUGCAUCUACCCUCUUCCUCUCUGCCGUGCGCGACCGGGGAGCGCGAUGUCGCAGGCCAAGCUAACACUCCGGCCCCCGCCAAAUGUCGAGUUCGUCUCGGGAUACCCUGGUAUACCGCCCUCUGCGCCGGACAGACCACAAGCAGCGGUCAAGGGGACGCUGGAGCUACGUGUGGGACCGCAGGGGAUCAAAACGAAGUGGGUGCGCAUUGAGCUGAGGAAGGUGGAGACGCUGCCUGGCGGGGGGCAGGUGAACACAUUCUACGACUUUGUGGGGCAGAGCCCGAUCAAUCUAUGGCAGUCGUCGGAGGAUUAUGGGAUCUUGCAUACGCAAGACUUUCCGUUCUAUAUCCGCAUACCAGAGUCUAUCCCGCCUAGCCUCGCCCUCGAGAAAGGAGCUGGUAUACGGUACGAAUUGGUUGCGAUGGCAUGCCUCAAAGGCAAGAGGGGAUUCUUCCGCCGGACCAAGGCCGUUACCAUCACAACAAUGUCACCGAUCGUGAUUGACAAGCAUGAGCUUCACUCGACAUGGCCCAUCUACUGUCAACCCGAAAUCCGGAACGUCACCCAGGACGGUGUGAUACUAACUGUCGAGCGCAGCAACACCUGCUACGGGCCCGGCGACCGCGUGUCGGUGUUCGCCACGGUGAAGUCAGAUACCCUCCACACAAUCAUCCUUCGUGGUUUUGAAUUCGCGCUGAGAGAGCAUAUGGUCUUCCGCGCGGGUGCGCAGGCGACUGGCAAGAAGGCCAGUCCUCAGGUUAGGGUGUCGGUCAUUGGAGAGCAGAAAGUACCCGUCAAUAUCACGCUCUACGGAGGUACGCAGCACAGGGCGGAGUUGACGUGCACGAUUCCGCAGAACCAUACAUCAGCGACUCUCAAUUCUGCAAGGCAUAUUGACAUUACGUAUCACCUGGGUGUCAAAGUGCUAAUGGGGACGGGCAAGCCAUUGAUCAUGGAUUUACCAGUCAUCGUUUCGAAUUGGCCGAGGAACGUUUCCGCUGAAGCUGUAAGACGUAUAGGCCCAGCACCAAGUCUAUCACUUGCCCCGGCCAACCCAGCCAGCAUGGUUGCAACACCAGCGCAAACUAUGAGGGCGCAAUCUUCAGCAUGGACCCUGAACACCGAACGGAAUCCUCAAAGGCCAGAUCCGAGAGCGUUCAAUACCGCUCCCGUCAACGGAUAUUCUUCACCACCUCACACCGCCGGUGUAGAUGAACUCGGCUUCAACCAGCUCGGAGGGCUGAACGGGAUUGCAUCAGUGGCAUCCCGAGACGGCCCGCCCUCUACCGGUUACAGCGGAACGGGCAUGCCGUCGCCUGAUGCUCGGAGACCGCGGUCGGGCAACUCGGUCACAGCGAGCACGCACCGCUUCACGAUCAGCAAUCCGAAUGAGCAAGAUUUGCGCGAGUUUGGGCGGACGAACUCGUAUGCCAGGGUACCCGCGGCGAAAACGUGGAGCACUGCAGAAGAGGAGAAGCGGCGCCUGUAUGAGAAUGCUGUCAAGCAGGUCGAGAGGACGCAAGGCAGGGCUAAUAGUCCGCCAGGACCUCAGGCUCAGAUCACUCCUAACCGAGUGAAGCAUACCGAUGCCGGUCCUCUCAUCCCAGCAGACGUCGUCCCAUCUCGUGGGUCAGGCUCUCCUUGGGAAAGAGCGGAAGAGGAGAAGGUCCGACUGUACACACAAGCGCAGCUGAAUGCAAUGAAGCACCAGGGAUACGAGGCCUAUUCACCGCCCUCCACCGCCAAUGGUACUGUCCCCGCUUCUCCACGGCACGGCCAUUCCGGGUCAGUGAACUCUGUGGGCGCUGCUGCUGCGGGGCUUGCCGGCAUGUCGCCCGGCGCUGCUCUCUACAUGCAGACCAUGUCUGAAGUGAACAGAUCCCUCUCGGCGCAGUCGACUACUAAUGGAGCGGCCGCGUCCAGCUCUGCAAGGGCUUCGCCUCCUGUCCACGCCCCAACCCCCAAAUAUCCCACUGCUGAACAAGAGAAAGAUAUGCUGCGUAGGUACAAUGAAGCGAAAGCUGCUGUGGAACGUCGUGAAGCGGUUGAAGCGGCCAAUGAAGCACCUCCCUACGAUGCCCCUCCCCAGGUCAUGUCUCCUCCAGUAAACGGGACUACCCUGCCUCCGGCUUUCGACGAUGGCCAAGGCCAGGUUAUGUCUCAUAUUGCAGAGAAGGAGCGGUUGCGUAGACACUUUGAAGAGCAGGACGCGGCGGCGGCCGCGGGGUCCUCGAGCAGUGGGCCAGAGGCGCCAGCCUAUUCUCCACCUCCCGCUGGGCCCUCGCAACCUGCUGCCUCUUCCAGUGGUAACGCGCCGUCAGAGAAAGAGCUGCUCCGUAGGAGAUUCGAGGAACAGGACGCGGCUGCUAUGGCUGGACGAGCGCCGCCCCUACCCCCUCCGCGUGCGAACUCUAUCGGUCAACGGCAGAGAUCGCCACCGCCUCUCCCACCGACGUAUGGCGGCGCUAAUCGGCCUUUGACGGCUGCUGAGGAGAAGGCGCUUCUCAAGGCUCAGUAUGAAGCCGAGGACCAGGGUGCUGGUUCCAGUGUAACUGUUCCCGCCGCUGCAGGACCCUCUACCUUCCCGACCCCCAACGUUGAUUCCCUACCCCCUCCACCUCCAUUGGCUCCCCGCCCUCCCGUGGAGUACAUCCAGGAGACGCAGGAGGAGGACGCCCGGCUCCAGGCCGAGCGAGCUUCUGUUGUGCCAUCCGUAGUGCCAUCAGCAAGCAUCAGUAGGGCGACUUCCGUGGCUGUUGCGGCUCCCAGCUCCCCUCAACCAAGUGCUGCAAAUAACUUCGGCCUAGACUUCAGGCCUUUCUCUCCAUUCCACCUACCCUUCGGUUCCAUCGAGGAAAUGAACGCCCAUUCUGCGACCCCGCCCCCGCCGCUGCCUCCCAAAGUACCCCUGUGA